UAUUAAGCCUUUAAAUACCCAUCUAACUAUAUACUAUUAGUAAAGAGGAUCUAAAUUCAAUUCCCAUUAGAAAUUAGAAAGCAACGUAAAACAUAGAAUUCAAAAGACAAAACGGCAGUUACGCGUGCAUUUUCAUCGCGUCCUAUCCUUUUCAUCGCAACAAAACGUGUGCCAUUCGAUGAGAGCUCAAGAGCGAGCAACCGUUACCCGAGAGCGUAAGAAAGCACGAACCAUUUGCGCGGGAAAACGUUCCACCAAUGGCGAAUGAAAAGCUUCUCAAUUUUCUCGUUCCCUUCGUACUGAGGAUGUGUUUGUCGGUUUUCCGAGAUGGUAGAAUAGAAUAAUCCUGCAGUGGCAGGAAAUCAUCUGUCUUCAACUACGCCAGCAAACAGUAUUCAUUCGACAUCGAGCGCAUGUGAACGGUCCGUAGCUGCCACACGUUGACCACGGUACGGUUAGUCUUACGCAGGUACUUGAGCUCGGUGGACGUUACACUUGGUGCGCGUGUCGGUUUGUGUUUUGUGGAUUGUCUGUUACAAGACACAAUUACAUUGCUUCAUAUUCGCCUGCAUAAGUGUACGUCGCAAGGUGACGUCUAGAAGGUAAUAGAUAUUAUUCAAAGCUUUCGUCCCGUACGCUAGUGUGACUGAUGAUAGUCAUCUUUUCGGUGAUUCCGGAUUUCAUGCACGCGUGCCCGUGCGAUGCCAUAAACGAGGAUGGCUAAUGUGCGUAAAAUCAUCCCGACCAAGUGUGGUACGCGUACGAGGAGCAUUUGUCGCGCGUGACAGAUGAUGCCGUGUGGGUGUGAGGAGACACAGUGCAAGUAAGCGUUUUGGUGGGGGGCUAUCCGUGUGUAUCCGACUUGAAUGCUGCAGCAUCCAGUAGCUUUAUUGGGCAGAAAAUGUCUUGCAAGAUAUUAUCUUCCCAUCGUUCUGGUCCAGCAAAUGCCAACGGGUGCGUCACGCUGUAAACGGGAAGGCUUUUGUGAAUGGUGACAUAAUUCGUGGUUAAGCACUUCUUGGCAAAUGUGAAAGUUGUUUGGCCAAAAGAGAGGUUUAUGAGAAGAUGUGCAAUGCUAUGAGCAGCUGUUCCGGGUAAGGUUGAUAAGACAUAAAACAAUCUCAAUACAAGUGAGUGCUAGAAAGCGUGCGAACGCCUUUUUGCAGUGUGUGUUUGUGCGUGUGGUUAAAUAUUGUGCAACAAAAGCAGAUGCUCUUCGGAAGGGAAAAAUUGAAGUGAAGUGCAGCAAAAGGGAAAUAAUCACAAAACAUUUGUGCGAAUUAUUUCACUUGCGUGCUGUGUAAGGUACCGGAUCCAUUGGGGAAGCACUUCACACGUGUGGUGCAUACUUGCAAGUCAGACAACGGGCGGGAUAUACCAAUAAUGUUGCCGCUGUAAUGGAUCUGAAGGCUGGCAAACAUCUAGUAGCACCAGCGAUAAACAAUAUCAGUUGCACCAACAAUCGGUCAGAAUUAUUCCAGCAUACAGGCCCGUUCGAUGUCAUACAGGCGCUGUUUAUAGUGCUGCUAACGUUUCUAGUUAUCAGUGCGAAUCUGAUGGUGAUACUGGUGAUCAACAGUCGCCGUUAUGCGGCGUACAUCCAUCCACAGCCACGCUACCUGCUGACGUCGCUGGCCCUCAACGAUCUGGCCAUCGGGUUGCUGAUCAUCCCGUUCAGUGCCCUACCUGCCUUACUACACUGUUGGCCUUACGGGGAAAUUUUCUGCCAAAUUCAGCAGGCACUACUACGAGGAGCUUUAUCACAACAAAGUGCUGUUAUAUUGGUGUGCAUGGCAGUUGACCGCUAUCUGUGCGUGCUACAUCCACGAAUAUAUCAUAAGCGAUCCAGUAAGAAGGGCUGUGUUGCGGUUUUAAGCGUUACGUGGAUAUUAUGUUUAACCUGCUUCGGAAUGUUGGUUCUUCCCAAAGGUUAUUACUUCAACAAAACGGGCCUGUUGGCAUGUGAGCCGUUCUACAGUAAAUCAUCCUACCGGAUCCUGUCCAGCUGUGCGCUCUACUUUCCCACCACCAUGGUACUGAUGUACUGCUACGGAUCAAGUUUCCACGCGAAUCGAUACCGUCUGGCGACACCGAGUGCCGCAUCCCUGUCGCUGAACGUGUCGAACAGCUGCGGGAACGGCAGUACCAGCCACGGACCGAACGCCAACAAUGCCUCGGACAGGAUUAGUGGGUGCGGGAGUGGUGGUGGUGGUGGUCGCCGGGAAGGGGACCAUAUCGAGACGCUAGCCGGGACGACGCUGACGGCUAAUGGUUCCGGUCUGGAGCACCACUCCUGCGAUGGCAAUACGCUAACGGGCAUCACCGCCAUAACACCGAUGUCGGUUUCGUUCUCCGAGAAGUCCCAAUUCGCCGUGGAGGACGACCGGCAGAUACAUGGUUCGACGUCGCGAACUAUGGCAGCAAUAUCAUUAGGUUUUAUAGUCAUAAUCACCCCCUGGACGAUACUGGAGAUAGUGGCCACGUGCACCGGUUCGAAGAUACCACCAUCAAUUGAUUUCUGUGUCACAUGGAUAGCUUUAAGUAGUAGUUUUUGGAACCCUUUUCUCUACUGGCUGUUGAAUGCGCGAUUUCGAAAGAUAUGCAAAGAACUCUUAACGUCAAAGUGUACCGGAAGUCGGAGUUCGUUGGAAGAAAAAUGUAGCAUUAGUCUAGAGUAUGACCAUCAUCUAACAUCACUGCCACUACCACCGGGUCCACCGCCGGCCACGAUCUGCCGGUCGGCCAACCACACACCCCGACCGGACGUCGAGUGUUCGGAAAAAUACUGGGGAGACAUUCUCGAACGUACCUUCAGCACCGGCAGCAUCAAUACGCUGCAUCGCCUAGGCACAACCUCACUACCGUUCGUCAACCGGGCACCGGUCGGUCAUGCUACGUUGCAGUAUCGAUGUGAAGCUCAUCAGCACCUAAUGCGGAACGCGAGCAGUACGAGCAUCGGCAAGGAACGUUUUGUGACUGCUGCUACACACUACAAGGACGGUACGAAGGAUGGAGCAUCCGAGUUUAGUGCGCAGUAUGCGCCCGGGUCCGAUCCGCAAGUAUGUGAUCACGAGCUGCACGACAUCAACUGUGCCAAGAACAAAGCAUUCUUCCGAGGUUUCAACCUGCAUCAGGGGCUCCCGGAUAUCUAGUAUUAUAGGAGCGCGUGGUUCAGUUGUUUGCGGACAUUGAAAAGACCGGCGACGCGCCUUAUGAUCAUGAGCGCGCGUUAACGUGUUCCUACGUUUCUAAACUAUUUCAUUGUUUUUUAUGUCGUGUGGAAGAACCAGGGAUCAAAUGAAAUUUUUAGUAUAGCUCUUUUUCGUUUCGUUACUUUGAGAUAUUAAAUCAUUAAAUCUAGAAACACAGCAAGAGAAGAGAAUAAAUGGCAACAACACGAAUUCAAACUAAUAUUUCAUUAUUGUAAUUAUGUUAAUACUCGUUUUUAAUACUAUCAAACUAUAUUAGAUUUCGAUAUUUUUAUUAUGUUCUUGAAUAAACUUGCGACAAUUGCGAUAAUAAAUGAAGCGUCUUUCUGUAGACGUUGGGAGAAAUGCUCGCAAACAGGUGCUAGAAAGUAAGGAAGAUGUUACUAAGAGAUAAGAUGUAACGGAGCCAAUACAGUUGACGGUAUAAGUGUAGAUUAACCUGUAAGAAAUGAGCAUUGCAGAAAACUGAACGUCAUUAGACUAGACGUAGCAACAACCGGUAGUUCUAGUUGGUAACAGUCAAAUGCGUUAAACGGAAAUAAAACUGAAAUCGAGUUUUUU